AUGUCAUCCAAACCUUUCGUAGCUCAAUGGGGUAUCAUAGGAUGCGGAUGGAUCUCAUCAGAGUUCGUCACGGAUAUAUGUAGACAGCCUUCCACGCGGAACGUCAAUGAUAUCUCGCACGCAGUAGCUGCAGCUGGAUCCAGAUCACUUUCCAAAGCUGAGGAAUUCUUGAACAAACAUUGUCCGGAUGGUGCUGCUGCUCAACAGCAAGGGUUGGUGGAUUUUGAACCUAAAGGGUAUGGGAGCUAUAAAGGUGUAGUCGAAGAUCCGAACGUCAAAAUCGUGUAUAUAGGAACAAUGAAUGUAUGUCAUUACGAUGAUGCGAAAUUGGCUUUGGAUGCUGGUAAACAUGUAUUGCUCGAAAAGCCAGCAACGUUAAAUGCAGCAGAAUGGAGGAGUUUAGUAUCAAUCGCUAAAGAAAAGAACUUGUUCCUCAUGGAAGCCGUAUGGACUAGAUUUAACCCUGUUCUUCGCUCUAUCCAAAAAGCGAUCCAUCAAGAUAACCUGAUAGGAGAUAUCAGAUGUCUUUUUUCGGACUUGUCGAUGGAUUCAUUCGGUAAACGAAAAGAUACAGAUAGGUUGUUGAGUGCCGAACUGGCUGGAGGACCAUUGUUGGAUUUGGGUCCUUAUCCUCUAGUAUGGACCAUGAUGAUGCUUUACCGACAUCCCAAGAAUGAUAGAACUCCCCCAGCUAAAAUCGGAAGUACCAUGAUGUUGCAUCAUACAGGAGUAGAUAUAGCUACAAACUUUGCUCUGACCUUCCCUAAGAUCAACGCUAUUGCAAAUUGUACUGCCAAUCUCCUUUCUCCUACUCAGCAAAGUCAGCAUACCAGGAUCGUAGGUACCAAGGGUGAGAUCUUAGUACAAGGUAUAACCUCUCGACCUCAAUCAUAUAUCAUCCGACGACUCGCCGACCCCUCUCAGGAAAAUGGGAAAUACCUCGAAGAUGAGUUGGUUGAUCUGUCGUUCGAAGAAGGGGGAUUGGUAUUUGAAGCGGAUCACGUGGCUAGAUGCUUGAAAGAUUCUUUGGUCGAAAGUCCUGAUAUGACUUGGGCAGAGACUGAGCUCACUAUGAGUGUUUUCGAUAAGAUUCGUAAAGAAGGUGGAUACGAAUUCUUACCUGGCUUGGAGCGAGUGAAACUGGAGUAG